AUGUGCACUGCGGUUAUCGCUUUGAAGAUUUCUUGUUUGGGAGAAGACCGCAACUAUGUGGCUACCAAGCUAAAUGCUACGAGUUUCUUGCCCUCGAGGCCUGCAGAAUUCAAAAAAUGGACGUCUACUUCGACGUCAAAAACUGUCAUAACAGGCUAAAUAUGGUUUAUCGCUCUGCAUAUAGUAGGCCCCUUCGGAUGAUAUGAUCUAAAAUGUCAAUAAAACUGAAGUUCAAGCACUGCU